UGAUACAGACUAACAUGGCUGCUACUCUGAAACCUGUUACUUAUGUGUUUGUAACUAUGCAUGGGAGUAGUCCCAGUCAAUUCAAUGAAUGUACUUACACGCAAGGAGUUAUGGGCUUGCAGGAUUGGGGCCUAAAAUGUUAUUGCUUUGUAUUGUAUUAUUAGCUGUAUGACACAUAAAAAUUCAUCACUCAUCUGUUUUGGGAAGAUUUUUUAAGGUGGCAUUUUUUUCUCUACCAUCAGAGGAAUAUGAUACAGGAGAUAGGCAGAGUAAUUCACCUGUUUUCUAAUGGGAUAUUAAGCUCUGCACAGGUCAGUCUAUUGUAGAUUUUUAUAGUGUUUUAUGCAAAAUUCUGCAAGAUGCACAUCGCCAAAUAUACCAAAAUACGUUUAUUCUAUUACCAGAAAACUGAUUUUUAUUUUCAAAAUUCUUACCGUUCUAGGAGCUUUUCAUUAGCACCCCAGAUAGGAAUUUUCUCUGCCUCAUUUUUCUAAUCCAUUGGUUUAUACAGGUGUCUAAUAUGCCUGUAACAAAACCUAAUAAGAACUUUUCUAAAUUGGUUAGGUAGCCAGGAUUUGCCAGCUAAACAAUGUACAGAGAAAAUAAAAAACAAAACAAAAAACCAGACAGCGCAGUACCCCACAUUGCCUCUAGGGGACAGCAGCAGUGGCUGCUUGCUCCCCAUCUCCUCCCCAGCAUAAAGACAAAUUCGAGCCCAUUUGGAAGAUGAAGUCUGGCUAUCGGAGCUGAACAGACAGCAGCAGCUUUCUCUUGGCACACUGACUACAAAUGGCCCUGGUAUUUUUCACCCCGAGCAUCCUCCAAGUGCCUUGCAUGGUGCUGUUCCUUUUCCAUUUCAAGUCAGCAGCAGUGCAGUAUGUUCUGCAAAUCAACAACAAUGGUCCCAUCACGACGGGAGCUCAAGCUACAAUUCAUGCCAGCUUGAGUAUGAAGAAUGAUGAUGUUGCAUUCAUUAGUGACCUAAAGUCCUAUCAUUUUAACUGGAUUUUCACCCCUCUGACUUUGAUUGAGAAAUCAGAGCAGCGAUUUAACUCUAUGAUUACCGUGACUGGUGAAUUUUCUGGAGACUUUCCCAUUUCUGUCUGGGCAACUGAGACGCACUGUUGGUUAUGUCAGCCCAUCGCCAAAAGCUUCACAAUGCUUCACGUUACAGAGUUUAUAGUAGGGAAUCUUACCAUUGCACAAAUAGAAGACAACAGAACAUUUGUCGAACAAGGUUCUAGUUCUGCCACCGACACUCUGACCCUGAUUUCUUUCUUUCGUCAUGAUCCGAGUAAUUAUUUCAAGUCGGCAUCAUUCAUCUACAACUGGGAUUUUGGAGAUGGAACUCAGCUGGUAACUGAAGAACCCUUCGUCUACUAUAAUUAUUCUACGGUGGGGAAUUGCAAGGUACAUCUCAAAGUUGUAGCUGAAUGGGAGCAAAUUGAGAGUGCCACACAUGAAAGAAAGAUUGUGCAGAAAACGGGAGAUUUCACCACCGAAUUGGAGUUGCUGGAUGCUGUUAAAAGUAUAAAUGUCAUAGGCUCCAGAGAGACUCGUGUAAUGGAAAACUUAAGUUUAUCUCUACAUAUCAAUGGCAGCCCUCCAAUCACCUUAUGCUGGCUCAUAAAGGCUGAAUGUAUUCCACUGGAAGGGGAAAUGUGCCAUCUAGUGGUGAUUAAUGGCUCCUCCUACAAUUUGAGCCAUACCUUUCGUAAUGCAGGACAAUACUGUCUCAGCGUGAGAGUGGAGAAUGGUGUGAACAUGUUGCAGACGUACCAUGAGAUUAAAGUGUGGCCAACAGGUAUUCACCCGGCUUUCUUUGCCUUGCCAUGUAUUGCUCUGAUUUCAGUGAUGCUGGGAUUUGUUAUAUACACGACCUUCCGAAGCAGCUCACAGCAGAAGGAUCUUGUGGAGGUAGCUGACUUUGAUUUUUCUCCUCUGUCUGACAAAAAUCCCUCUCCUUCCGAUUCCGAGUCAAGCUGUGGUCGAAUAUGCUGCAGGUCCUGUUUCCUUCAGCCACCUCAAGAAUAUUGGGAGACUGUCAGGGAGAGCCACGGACUCCUCCAUCCUUUGUACAAGCCAGUCAAAAUGUACACAGUGUGAAGAACACAGCUUCAUUUGGUUAUGUUAACUGCUGGCCUUAACUUUUCUCUUAUGAUGAGUUAAAAGCCAAGUGCUGCAUGGAUGGUUUAUUUUUGCUGGUACUUUGAGAGAUUAACUACUUAUUAGGCCCAAUACUAAAGAGUACUUCAUCGUGUAAUUUAAAAGGAAAGAGCCUGAACUACAAUAAAAGUGGCUUCGCAUAUUUGAAUUACACAGUGUAUAUCUUACAGUAGAGAGCAUUGCCGAAUCAUUUAAAUGCAGUAUGUUAUUCUUAUGAAGGAUUAUUUUAUGUGCAGAUGUUUGCCAAAUCCACUCCCCUUUGUAAUCUGUCUGACCUUCCCCCAUCACUCCCAUCUCAAUGCUGUUUGUUUCAAAGAUGGAAAUGCUCAAGACAAAAAA